CAAAUUCUUGGAGCAGGUGAAAAAGGAACUGAAUAUUAGUGAGAAUAUUGAAUUAAGUCCGCACACGCUCAGAAGGUGUUUUGCUACUUAUAAUGCUAUUUCUGGCAUGCCUUUACCGGUCUUGCAGAAAGUAUUAGGACAUAGUAAAAUAUCUACUACUGCCCUUUAUAUAAAAGAUAGUGAUUUAA